AUGACGUCCAGCGGUCCCUCUAACGCGAUUCGCGAUAUGCAAUGUUUAUUCAUUCCGGAUGACUCCACACCGGAACGCCCUAUAGAAGAAAUGAACAUCCAUUUUCCUCCGGGAAAGUCGUUUGGUGACGUUGUAUGCGAGGUUCUGCAAUGCGAAAGAGAAUGCCCCGAAAUCCUAGUCACCGACGAGCAUCUCGCAGUAUUCAACGGACAUGACGACGUCCUUUUGGCUUGGAAAGGCACACCCGCAAGCUCGUUUGCGGUGAGAUGCUCGUAG